CGCUGUGGGACGGCGGGUCUGAAGAGCUCAGCUGGCCUCACUUUUUGACAACACAACAUCGACAAUGCCCACGUCCUGAUCACUGUCCCAAAACCAACGGAAUACUUCUGUCGUGUUGUAUUUACUUUGUUAUACACGGUCAACGAUGGAGUCAAACGCGCCUAAAAGCAAACUGAAGAAGUUGAGUGAGGACAGUUUGACCAAACAACCAGAGGAAGUGUUUGAUGUUUUAGAGAAACUGGGUGAAGGUUCCUAUGGCAGCGUGAAUAAGGCGAUACACAAAGAAUCAGGGCAAGUGGUGGCCAUCAAACAGGUCCCUGUGGAGUCAGAUUUACAGGAGAUCAUCAAAGAAAUUUCAAUCAUGCAGCAGUGUGACAGUCCUUAUGUAGUCAAAUACUAUGGAAGCUACUUCAAGAAUACAGAUUUGUGGAUUGUCAUGGAGUAUUGCGGAGCCGGAUCUGUUUCUGACAUCAUCAGACUGCGCAGCAAAACGCUGACAGAGGAUGAGAUUGCCACUAUCCUGAAGUCAACACUGAAAGGCCUUGAGUAUCUUCACUUCAUGAGAAAGAUUCAUCGGGAUAUAAAGGCUGGAAACAUCCUCCUCAACACUGAGGGACAUGCCAAACUGGCAGACUUUGGAGUGGCUGGACAGUUAACAGAUACAAUGGCAAAGAGAAAUACUGUUAUUGGUACACCUUUUUGGAUGGCCCCUGAAGUUAUUCAAGAAAUCGGCUACAACUGUGUAGCAGAUAUCUGGUCCUUGGGAAUCACAGCAAUAGAAAUGGCUGAGGGCAAACCACCGUAUGCUGACAUUCACCCAAUGAGGGCUAUAUUUAUGAUCCCCUCGAACCCGCCUCCAACAUUUAGAAAACCAGAGCUUUGGUCUGAUGAGUUUACAGACUUUGUAAAAAAAUGUCUUGUCAAGAAUCCAGAGCAGAGAGCAACAGCGACACAACUACUACAGCAUCCAUUCAUCACUCAGGCUAAACCAGUCACCAUUUUGAGAGACCUAAUUACUGAGGCUAUGGAGAUGAAAGCCAAGAGGCAACAGGAGCAGCAGAGAGAACUGGAGGAAGAAGACGAAAACUCUGAGGAGGAGACAGAGGUGGACUCUCAUACAAUGGUGAAGUCUGGUACAGAGGGACCUGGAACCAUGCGAGCAACCAGCACCAUGAGUGACGGGGCUCAGACCAUGAUUGAACAUGGCAGCACCAUGUUGGAGUCGGACCUGGGAACUAUGGUCAUUAACAGUGACGACGAAGAAGAGGAAGAUGACCAAGGAUCUAUGAGAAGACAUGCCACACCCCAGCAGCCUAUCCGUCCUUCCUUCAUGGACUACUUUGACAAACAGGACUCUAACAAAGCAUCACAGCAGCAGGAAAACUACAACCACAACCAGCAUCAGGAGCAGCCUGGUUACCACAUUCAGUCCAAGAAUGUCUUCCCUGACAAUUGGAAAGUCCCACAAGAUGGAGACUUUGACUUUUUGAAAAACCUGGACUUUGAUGAGCUGCAGAUGCGCCUCAGUGCCUUGGAUCCAAUGAUGGAGAGAGAGAUAGAGGAGUUGAGGCAGCGCUACACUGCCAAAAGACAACCCAUUUUGGAUGCCAUGGAUGCCAAGAAAAGGCGACAGCAAAACUUCUGAGGGCCACAUCACCUUCCUAGACCAAUACCAGAAAAUAAUCACUUUUACAUAUAAUGCUGAAGACCACUGCUGUUUUGCCACACCACUACAUAUAAAGAAAUGCCUGUUACACAUAGGGCAGCACCUUUGGCCUUCUAACCUUCAUAGUAAUAAUUCUCAGGACUGUAGCCAAAGUAGAUAACCACUCACUUACUUCAUUAUUAUUGAGUGGGAUUGUCAUCAACACAUGAAGGACUACCAGCACUUCCAGGCCAGCAUUUAUUUAUCUCUCAUUCAUAACAAAAUAACAGCAAUCUGGACAAAAACCUGUGGCUCUUCUUCAAACUGUUAAAUGUAUUGUGUGUGUGUGUAUAUAAUCUAGAACUUAGUUUGAAAAUACCUGUAACAAAAGCUGUGGCAGUUUGCCCAUGACCAAAGACAAUCAUGUUGAUUUUGUUGAGAAUGCCUUAAACAUUUUGAAACACAGGUUUCAAAGAAGCAAUGUAACGUAACAAACGGUUGAAGCAAUUUUAACUUGUGUUUGUGCUAGACCUUAGAAAGCUGCAUUAAGCAGAUGGUAAUAAUUGAAAAGACAAUGCAUGUUUUCAAAUUGUCUGUGGACCAUUUAACUCAUAACUUUUAUACGUUGUUAUUGGUUUUGACAUUUUAGAUGAAUUAUUCUUUUAUCAAUUCAAACAUUGUGCCUCAUAUUACACAUACCCUUCUCGAAACUGACAGAAACCCCAUCCACUGUUAAAGGUGACUGGUAUUAACCUCACAUUCAUUCCAAGUAAGCAUCAAAAUCAUUCCUUAGGGGCUCACUGUUCCCCUCACACAAAAUACAGAAUUAAAAAUGAAUGAACGGGCUAAGCAAAUGAAAAACUGUAGCAUAUUUUGUUUUUUAUGUAGCGGUAAAUUUGAUUCAAUUUUGAUUUGACAUUUUGAUGAAGGAUAAAGACAGCGACAGAUUUAACCUUUUUAUGAAGGAAAAACUGCCAGGCCCAAUAUUUUGCUUUGAAAGUUUAAUUUAAUCUUAAACCUUACAAUGACCCUUUGAAUGAAUCAUGACUAUCCUUUGAGACAACUUGCUGUUAUGAACAAUGUGAAUGUUAUCAAACCAAGUAUUCAUUAGGUUAGUUUGAAUAAUCAUUUAUUGCAUGCCAAUUUAAAAAGCCAUGCAAUUGUAACAUGCAUACACACACUCACUUUAUUUAUUUAAUGUUUGUUUUUAGUACUGGUUCAUAUCUGAUUGACAGUUUAUGGUUUAUCUAGGUUCACUUAUAUUAUUAUAGUCUAUGCAUGUUUAAUCAUUGCUAUAGUGGAAUGAAUCGUUUUAACUUUGCAGGUAAAAGUACUGUUACACUGAAGCUGGACUUUUUAAGCUUCAACUAAACUAUGACACUGUACAGUCAGUUCUGCCAUGUUAUUAUGUAAAAUCACUCUUUAUGAUCACUUAAUGAUUUUGACUUUUAACUAUUUUUCUGAAAUGUAUGAGAAUGUAGAGUGGACUCAUUUAUGUUUGAACCACUUAAUUUAUUACUUUUGUUUGUAAUACUGUUUUGAAAGUUGCAACAUAUUAAUAAAGGGUCCUUAUAGG